UUUUUCGUUCAAUCAGAACGCUCUGAUACAGCCAAUACGAUCUGUGGAGCUAGACACUAUAUAAAUCGACAGGUAGCCUUCACCGAAGCAUCAGACAGCUUUUAACCGCCGGGUUUGAAGGGUUGAUCUGUUCUGUUGUUGACCUUGUGCAGGGCAGUCCAGAGAUUGACUUCGUCUUCCGAUUUCGAAUACUUUUUAUUUAAAAGGCAGAGAGCUUGCUCCUGCGAUAUAACCAUCCAAGAUGAACAUCGACUUCAAUGAUCCCGAUUUCCAGUAUCUUGCGGUAGAUCGUAAGAAAUUGUUGAAAGAGCAGACAGCUCCAUUUGACGGCAAGAAAAACUGCUGGGUACCCGAUGAGAAGGCAGGAUUCGCAGCCUCAGAAAUCCAAUCCUCAAAGGGUGACGACAUCACAGUGAAGAUCCUUGCCGACAAUUCUACCAGGACCGUGAAGAAGGAUGACAUUCAGCAAAUGAACCCACCUAAGUUCGAGAAACUCGAGGAUAUGGCCAACAUGACCUACCUCAACGAAGCCUCCGUAUUGCACAACCUGAGAUCCAGAUACACCAGUGGUAUGAUCUACACAUACUCUGGACUUUUCUGUAUCGCGGUCAACCCCUACAGACGUCUGCCCAUCUACACUGACAGCGUCAUCUCUAAGUACAGAGGAAAGAGGAAGACUGAGAUCCCUCCCCAUCUGUUCUCUGUUGCUGACAAUGCCUACCAGAACAUGGUAACAGAUCGUGAAAACCAGUCCUGUUUGAUCACUGGCGAGUCUGGUGCUGGUAAGACUGAAAACACCAAAAAAGUAAUCAUGUACUUUGCUAAAGUAGCAUGUGCCCCUAAAAAGAAGACCGACGAGGAGGAAGCUGAUAAGAAGGAGGGAAGUCUUGAAGACCAGAUUAUCCAGGCUAACCCUGUGCUGGAGGCUUAUGGUAAUGCCAAGACCACCCGUAAUAACAAUUCAUCUCGAUUCGGUAAAUUUAUCCGUAUUCACUUCGGUCCCACUGGCAAAAUCGCCGGAGCUGAUAUCGAGACAUACUUGCUUGAGAAGUCCAGAGUAACAUACCAGCAGUCUGCUGAGAGGAACUACCACAUUUUCUACCAAUUGUGCUCAAACGCCAUUCCCGAGCUCAAUGAAAUAAUGCUGCUCACCCCUGACUCCGGUCUCUAUUCCUUCAUCAACCAGGGUUGUUUGACUGUUGAUAACAUUGAUGACGUAGAGGAGCUCAAACUUUGUGAUGAAGCUUUCGACAUUCUCGGCUUCACAAAGGAAGAAAAGCAGUCUAUGUUUAAGUGUACAGCAUCCAUUUUGCACAUGGGUGAAAUGAAGUUCAAACAGAGGCCCCGUGAGGAACAGGCUGAAUCUGAUGGAACUGCUGAGGCCGAGAAAGUUGCCUUCCUUUUAGGUAUCAAUGCUGGCGAUCUCUUGAAAGCUUUGUUGAAACCCAAAGUAAAGGUCGGCACUGAAAUGGUCACGAAGGGUCAGACUCUGAACCAGGUCGUCAACUCCGUUGGUGCUUUGGCCAAGUCCCUGUACGAUCGUAUGUUCAACUGGUUGGUAAAGAGAGUCAACAAAACUCUUGACACCAUGGCCAAGAGGAACUACUACAUCGGUGUACUUGAUAUCGCUGGUUUCGAAAUCUUCGACUUCAACAGCUUCGAGCAGUUGUGCAUCAACUACACCAACGAGAGACUGCAACAGUUCUUCAACCACCACAUGUUCAUCCUUGAGCAGGAAGAGUACAAGAAGGAAGGAAUUGAAUGGGAGUUUAUUGACUUUGGUAUGGAUCUGCAGGCGUGUAUCGAAUUGAUCGAGAAGCCUAUGGGCAUCUUGUCCAUCCUUGAGGAAGAGUGCAUGUUCCCCAAAGCUGACGACAAAUCCUUCCAGGAUAAGUUGUACUCGAACCACAUGGGCAAGAAUCCCAUGUUCACCAAGCCUGGCAAGCCUACUAGGCCAAACCAGGGCAUGGCUCACUUUGAGCUCCACCAUUAUGCCGGAAACGUGCCAUACAGCAUCACUGGAUGGUUGGACAAAAACAAGGAUCCCAUCAACGAGAACGUUGUCGCCCUCUUGAGUGUAUCCAAGGAGCCUCUUGUGGCCGAGCUCUUUAGGGCUCCUGAAGAACCUGCUGGCGGUGGUAAGAAGAAGAGGGGCAAGUCUGCUGCUUUCCAGACUAUCUCUGCUGUCCACAGGGAGUCUCUGAACAAGCUUAUGAAAAACUUGUACAGCACCCACCCUCACUUCGUGCGUUGCAUCAUUCCCAACGAAUUGAAACAGCCAGGUCUUAUUGAUGCUGAGCUCGUACUUCACCAGCUCCAGUGUAAUGGUGUACUUGAAGGAAUCCGUAUCUGUAGGAAGGGAUUCCCCAGCAGAUUGAUCUAUUCUGAGUUCAAACAGAGAUACAGUAUCCUGGCCCCCAAUGCUAUCCCUCAAGGAUUCGUUGAUGGCAAGACCGUGUCAGAAAAGAUCCUUACCGGUCUUCAGAUGGAUCCCACCGAGUACCGUCUUGGUACCACCAAGGUGUUCUUCAAGGCCGGUGUACUCGGUAACCUUGAGGAGAUGCGUGACGAACGUUUGUCAAAGAUCAUCUCCAUGUUCCAGGCCCACAUCCGUGGUUACCUCAUCCGUAAGGCUUACAAAAAGCUCCAGGACCAGAGAAUUGGUCUCUCCGUGAUCCAGCGUAACAUCAGGAAAUGGUUGGUUCUCCGUAACUGGCAAUGGUGGAAACUAUACGCCAAGGUCAAACCUCUUCUCAGCAUCGCCCGUCAAGAGGACGAGAUGAAGGAACAAUUGAAACAGAUGGACAAAGUGAAGGAAGAUCUUGCCAAGAGCGAUCGCAUCAAGAAGGAACUUGAGGAGCAAAAUGUUACCCUUUUGGAACAGAAGAACGACCUCUUCCUUCAGCUUCAGACCAUUGAGGACUCAAUGGGCGAUAAGGAGGAACAGGUUGAGAAACUUAUCAUGCAGAAAGCUGACUUCGAGGCUCGGCUCAAGGAACUGGAAGAACGACUCUUGGACGAAGAAGAUGCAUCUGCUGAUCUUGAGGGCAUCAAGAAGAAGAUGGAACAGGACAAUCAAAAUCUUAAAAAGGAUAUUGGAGAUCUUGAGAACACCCUCCAGAAGGCCGAGCAGGACAAAGCCCACAAGGACAAUCAAAUAUCCACCCUACAGGGAGAGAUGGCCCAGCAAGAUGAACAGAUCGGCAAACUCAACAAGGAAAGGAAAGCUCUUGAAGAGGCCAACAAGAAGACGGGCAAUGCUCUCCAGGCUGAGGAGGACAAGUGCAAUCACCUAAACAAAUUGAAGGCCAAGCUUGAACAGACUCUUGAUGAGCUCGAGGAUAACCUUGAGCGCGAGAAAAAGGUUCGUGGUGAUGUUGAGAAGGCCAAGCGUAAGGUUGAGCAGGACCUGAAGUCCACCCAGGAGACCGUUGAUGAUCUUGAACGUGUCAAGAGGGAGCUUGAGGAGAACGUAAGGAGGAAGGAAGCUGAGAUCAGCACCUUAAGCUCCAAGCUCGAGGACGAACAGAACCUUGUCAGCCAACUCCAGAGAAAGAUCAAGGAACUCCAGGCCAGAAUCGAGGAGUUAGAGGAAGAACUUGAAGCCGAAAGGAACGCCAGGGCUAAGGUUGAGAAGCAGCGCGCUGAACUUAACCGUGAGUUGGAAGAGCUCGGCGAGCGUCUUGAUGAGGCUGGCGGUGCCACAUCUGCCCAGAUUGACCUCAACAAAAAGAGGGAGGCUGAACUUCUUAAGAUCCGUCGUGAUCUUGAGGAAGCUUCUCUCCAGCAUGAGGCUCAAAUCUCUGCCCUCCGCAAGAAGCACCAGGAUGCCGCCAACGAGAUGGCCGACCAGGUUGAUCAACUCCAGAAGGUCAAGUCCAAGCUCGAGAAGGACAAGAAAGAUAUUAAGCGCGAAAUGGAUGACCUCGAGACUCAGUUGAUUCACAACUCGAAAAACAAGGUACCAUGCCUGGUUAUGACCAAGCAUUUCACGAGGACACAAAAUGCGCUCGGCGCAUGUCCUCUUCGACUCCUUCCAACCACGUUGUCCUUACCGAGCAUGUAUCGAACAGGACUUGUCCUAUCAGAAGAUUAUAUAUAUCCAUAGUUUGUCCUUCCUUUACUCCGUUUG